AUGACACCAGCGGUCAAGCAGGAGGAGGGAGCAUGAGCCUGUACGGGAAGGAUGACACCAGCGGUCAAGCAGGAGGAGGGAGCAUGAGCCUGUACGGGAAGGAUGACACCAGCGGUCAAGCAGGAGGAGGGAGCAUGAGCCUGUACGGGAAGGAUGACACCAGCGGUCAAGCAGGAGGAGGGAGUGAUAAUGGUGACUCGUCCCGUGAGAGAGAAGAGAGUCAGCUGACCCCCUGCAUGAGGAAUGUCACAUCCCCGACCUGGCAGCAUGAUGGACAACGUGGUGAUGGCGGCUCAUCCUCCAGAUCUUCCAGUCCACGGCCUCCUAGGGCCUCUCUUCCGUCUUCAAGUGUACAAGGAGCGGUAUUUGCAGGACACCUAUCCCAAACCCCUAGCCACGCAAGAGGGGACCUCCACCCCAAGACCCUUGGUCAAAGACCAUGUGAUACCAUGCUUGUGUAUGACCUCCGUAGUAAAGAGUUUCAUCACGGAGGAGGAGGAGAGUGCUUGACGCUUGUCGUGGACAAUACAAGAUUUGUCGUGGACUCCGCCAUCUUUACAGCCCAAGCCAACACCAUGCUGGGAAGGAUGUUUAGCUCCGGGUGGGACAACAAUUUCCCAAGGCCCAAUGAAAAAGGAGAGUUUGAAGUGGCGGAUGGUAUCAGCUGCUCUCUCUUCAGAGCCAUUCUGGAUUACUACAAAUCAGGGAUAAUCCGCUGCCCUGACGGCGUUUCCAUUCCUGAGCUGAGGGAGGCAUGUGACUACCUGUGUGUCGCCUUCAACUGCAGCACCAUCAAGUGCAGAGACCUCAGCGCCCUGAUGCACGAGCUGUCCAAUGACGGGGCCCGACGUCAGUUUGAGUGCUACCUGGAGGAGAUGCUGCUGCCGCUGAUGGUGGCCAGUGCACACAGCGGGGAGAGGGAGUGUCACCUGGUGGUGCUGACUGAUGACGACGUGGUGGACUGGGAUGAAGAGUAUCCUCCGCAGAUGGGAGAGGAGUACUCACAAAUCAUUUACAGCACCAAACUCUACCGCUUCUUCAAAUACAUUGAGAACAGAGAUGUGGCCAAGUCUGUGUUGAAAGACCGAGGACUGAAGAAGAUCCGACUGGGCAUAGAAGGCUACCCCACCUACAAGGAGAAGGUGAAGCGGCGUCCAGGAAGUGACCCGGAGGUGAUCUACAACUACGUCCAGCGUCCUUUCAUCUGCAUGUCCUGGGAGAAAGAGGAGGGCAAAAGUCGCCAUGUGGACUUCCAGUGCGUCAAGUCCAAGUCCACCAGCAACCUGGCCGCAGACCAGCUGGUCAUUCUCCAACCUUCGGACACGCCCCCUUGGGAUGGCUCACACGGGUCAGGCCACGCCCAGCAGCCUCAUCACACCAUCGCUCCUCGCCGGUCUGAGGAGAUCCAAAGUCCCACACCGAGCAAUCGCACUCAGGCACUUUGCCGCCACCAGCCGCACCCCCAAGCCCCGCCUUUUGCCACGUCAGCACUUUGAGGGUGGAGAACCUACUGACCUUUGACCUGCAACUAAAACACCACUUUGCCUUUUUGUGCUUUAAACAUUUGCUUUUAUUCAGCACACCAAAGUGGUGUGUUCACUGGAAGAGUCAACACCACCCAAUGUCCGACCACUAGGUGGCGCUGUUCACCUGACUGGAAGCACAGCCUCCAUUUGACACUUACUGGACAUAUUAUACACUUACUUUAUUAUACACUUACUGGACAUAUUAUACACUUACUUUAUUAUACACUUACUGGACAUAUUGUACACUUACUUUAUUAUACACUUACUGGACAUAUUGUACACUUACUUUAUUAUACACUUACUGGACAUAUUGUACACUUACUUUAUUAUACACUUACUGGACAUAUUGUACACUUACUUUAUUAUACAUUUACUGGACAUAUUGUAC